AUGUCUGAGGGAACAGAACUCAGUGAGUGUCUUCAAACAACUGGGGUUGGCAUUAACGAUGAACAGGAAAAAGAUUUUCCUCAGCCAAAACGAAAAGUGCUCAAGGAAAAGAAAGGCACCAAGAAAACAAAUACGUCUAAGAAAACACACCCCACAGAUGAAAAAGACGAAAGGUCAGAAAAAGAAAAACAAACAAGUCAAGAAAAAAUAAAAGAGCAAGUUGAAGGAUGGAGUGAGAAGGAUUAUAAACACGAAAAUAUAGAGAAUAAUGAAAUUAAUCUAACUGAGGUCAAUCUUAAUGAGCAAGGUGAAGAAGAUUUUGGAGAACAAAAUGAAGACAAACCAAAAAGAAAGAAGUUAAGUGAAAGAAAACCAUUAAAAGGCACAAAGAGUAAAAAAGUGAAGAAAGAAAAAACAAAAACUAGAAAUGAAGUUAUUGAAGAUGAUAUUACAGUUGAGUGUUUUACAAAACAAGAAAAUGAGGUAAUUGCAAAGGAACAAAUAAAUCAAGAAAAAGAAAUUAAAGAAAAAGAAGAUAAAAAAGAAGAGAAAGGAUUGACAACACUACAAUUAAGAGAUAAGAUUAAUGAAAAAGGUGAAGAUAUAAAAGAAGAAGUAGAAAUAAAAAGAAAAACAUUAGAUGGAAGAAAAGUAAUAAAAAGAAAGAAAAAAGAAACCGAAGAAAUUAUAAAGAAAGAAGUAGAACAAGAAGUUGAAGAAACAGGAGAAAGUCUGAAUAAACCAGAUAUAAGAACAAAGGAGACUAAAGUAGAAGAAAGAAUUCUUGAGACGAAAGAAGAAAUCAAAACAGACACCACUCAAGAAGAUAACAAAGAAGAGAUUACAGGAAGAAAAGCACUUAGAAAAAAGAAGAGUCACAAAAAAACAACGGAGACAGGAGAAGAAGAAAUAAACACAACAGAAGAAGAAAAGAAAAAGAAAAAAAGAAAGAAAAAAGUAAAGAAAGAAAAAGAAUUAGAAGAGUUUGAAAAAACAGGGAAGAAUAAAUAUAUUGAAUAUUCAUCAGGAGAAGAUUGUAAUAGAGAAGGACUUAGAAGAGCCAAAAAGAAACCAGUUGGAUUAAAUUAUUUUUCAGAAAAGAAAGGACUCUUAACAGACGAAGAUUUAAUGGAAGAUGAACAUUAUUGUGGGAUGUCAUUUAGAGGAGAUGAAAAGAAAUCAAUAUUUGGAAUUUUUGAUGGAUAUGGAGGAAUAGGAGCAGCAAGAGAAACAAGAAGAACAUUACCAAAUAUUAUUCAAAAAUUGAUAGAACAAGGAUUAGAUAGUAAAGAGAUAUUAGAAAAAGGAUUUGCAGAAGUUGAUGAAGGAAUGAAUAAAGAAGAGUUUAUGGAUAUUGGAUGUACAUGUACAUUAAUAUAUAUAUGGGAAGAAGAUAAUAAGGUAUAUAUUAGAAGUGGAAAUGUUGGAGAUUCAACAUGUUUUGUUAAAAAGAUGAAUAAAGGAAGACCAGAAAUCAUCACAUUAACACAAGAUCAUAAAGUAACAUCAGCAUGUGAACAAAAAAGAAUGAAAGAAGCAGGAAUUACAUUAGUUGAAGGACAAAAAAGAAUUAAUGGAGUUGGAGUAGCACGUACAUUAGCUAAUCAUUUUGUAAAAAAUUUAAAUAUAGGAAUGAUAGGCACACCAUAUAUUAGUCCAGCUAUUGUAUUAGAAAGUGGGGAUGAAAUUAUUUUAUGUAGUGAUGGUAUCUGGGAUGUAACUACACCAGAAAAGGCAUUUGAAAUGAUGGAAAACACUCAAGUCUCGGAAGCACCAAAAGUCAUUAUGGAAGAAUCAAUGAAAAUAACGGAAUGUAGAGAUAAUGUGACUGUCAUUGUCGUUAAGAUCCUUUAA